ACAGGUGUGUCCAUCCAGCCAGGUGUGUCCGUUUGGACUGACAGUACCUGUACGCAGAAGUGCAGCUGCACCACAUCUGGCCUGUUGUGUCACAACGAAUCCUGUACCACUUCCCAAGUCUGUAACUCUCUUAAUGAUUUUCACUUUACCCGCCAGCCUAUCCAGAAAGCGAUCUGUGUCAUCUAUGGGGAUCCUCAUUACAAAACAUUUGAUGGGGAGACGCACCACUUCCAGGGCCCCUGCACUUAUGUCCUGUCCCAGCAAUGUGGUUCGGAGCUGACCAACUACAGAGUAGAAGGCUCCAAUGAGCAUCGCGGCAGCUCUGCCACUUGGACACGACUGGUCAAAGUGUUUGUGUACAAUGAAACCAUCGAGCUUGUCAAAGGACAUCAUGGUGAAGCUAAGGUCAAUGGGAUAUUUAAAACAACCCCCAUCUCCCUCAUCAAUGGCGCUGUUGUUGUUGAUACAUUAGGUUCUUCAGUUUUUGUCAGUACUGACUUUGGUUUGGAAGUCUCCUAUAACGCUGAUGCUUUGGUGAAAAUCAAAGUGCCAUACCGUUACCAGGGAGCAACAUGUGGCCUUUGUGGGAACUUUAACAAUGAUCCUGAUGAUGAUUUUCAAACACCAGAAGGAGAUAUUGUGAGCUCUCUUGACUUUGGUAAAAGCUGGCAAGUGCUAAGCGCUGAUGAGCCUGAAUGUGCGGUCUGUGAAGGUCCAGACUGUUAUGAUUGCCCUGAAGAUAAGAAGGCUUUAUUCAGUAAUUCUGAUCACUGCGGCAUCCUUCAUGACACAUCUGGACCUUUUGCAGCUUGUCACCAUGUGCUUUCACCGGAGGCUUUUGUGGAGAGUUGUGUGUACGAUCUCUGUUUGGAAGGAGGGCAACAAGAUAUUCUCUGUCAAGCACUAAAUGCCUACGCCAGUGAGUGUCAAGACGUGGGCGUACAACUACAGAACUGGAGAAGACCCGGAUUCUGUGAAAUCACCUGUCCAGAAAACAGCCAUUUUGAGUCUCAGAGCACAGGUUGUCCAGCUACUUGCGUCAAACCUGAAAUUCCUGAUGACUGUGCACGUGCUUCUGUUGAGAGCUGCGCUUGUAAUGAAGGCUAUGUUUUGAGUGGUGCAGACUGUGUGCCUGUCCAUGAGUGUGGCUGCAACUUUGAGGGGUUCUACUACCAUUCUGGGAAAACCGUUAUACUGGACCAAGACUGUAGCAGGAUUUGUGAUUGCAUUUCUGGUAACAUGACUUGCCAUUCACAUGUUUGUGAAUCACAUGAAGAGUGCAAGGUGUUCAAUGGAGAAAGAGGUUGUUACGCCCGUACAUGUUCAGUCUCAGGUGUGUCCAUCCAGCCAGGUGUGUCCGUUUGGACUGACAGUACCUGUACUCAGAAGUGCAGCUGCACCACAUCUGGGCUAUUGUGUCACAAUGAAUCCUGUACCACUUCCCAAGUCUGUGACUCUCUUAAUGAGUUUCACUUUACCUGCCAGCCUAUCCAGAAAGCGGUCUGUCUCAUCUAUGGAUAUCCUCAUUACAAAACAUUUGAUGGGGACGCGCACCACCUCCAGGGCCCCUGCACUUAUGUCCUGUCCCAGCAAUGUGGUUCGGAGCUGACCAACUACAGAGUAGAAGGCUCCAAGGAGCAUCGCGGCAGCUCUGCCACUUGGACACGACUGGUCAAAGUGUUUGUGUACAAUGAAACCAUCGAGCUUGUCAAAGGACAUCAUGGUGAAGCUAAGGUCAAUGGGAUAUUUAAAACAACCCCCAUCUCCCUCAUCAAUGGCGCUGUUGUUGUUGAUACAUUAGGUUUUUCAGUUUUUGUCAGUACUGACUUUGGUUUGGAAGUCUCCUAUAACGAUGAUACUUGGGUGAAAAUCAAAGUGCCAUACCGUUACCAGGGAGCAACAUGUGGCCUUUGUGGGAACUUUAACAAUGAUCCUGAUGAUGAUUUUCAAACACCAGAAGGAGAUAUUGUGAGCUCUCUUGACUUUGGUAAAAGCUGGCAAGUGCUAAGCGCUGAUGAGCCUGAAUGUGCGGUCUGUGAAGGUCCAGACUGUUAUGAUUGCCCUGAAGAUAAGAAGGCUUUAUUCAGUAAUUCUGAUCACUGCGGCAUCCUUCAGGACACAUCUGGACCUUUUGCAGCUUGUCACCAUGUGCUUUCACCGGAGACUUUUGUGGAGAGUUGUGUGUACGAUCUCUGUUUGGAAGGAGGGCAACAAAAUAUUCUCUGUCAAGCACUAAAUGUCUACGCCAGUGAGUGUCAAAACGUGGGUGUACAACUACAGAACUGGAGAAGACCCGGAUUCUGUGAAAUCACCUGUCCAGAAAACAGCCAUUUUGAGUCUCAGAGCACAGGUUGUCCAGCUACUUGUGUCAAACCUGAGAUUCCUGAUGACUGUGCACGUGCUUCUGUUGAGAGCUGCGCUUGUAAUGAAGGCUAUGUUUUGAGCGGUGCAGACUGUGUGCCUGUCCAUGAGUGUGGCUGCAACUUUGAGGGGUUCUACUACCAUUCUGGGAAAACCGUUAUACUGGACCAAGACUGUAGCAGGAUUUGUGAUUGCAUUUCUGGUAACAUGACUUGCCAUUCACAUGUUUGUGAAUCACAUGAAGAGUGCAAGGUGUUCAAUGGAGAAAGAGGUUGCUACAUAUCUAACCCAAGCCAUGGCACUUGUUCUGGUUCAGGUGACCCUCAUUAUGUGUCCUUUGAUGAAAGAUUCUACGACUUUCAGGGGACUUGUCGUUAUGUGUUGGCCACACUUUGUGAUAAUAAUACUGGACUGAACAACUUUUCUGUGGAAGUACAAAAUGAGGCAUUGCGUGGAUUAGCAGUCUCAGUCACCGCUGAAGUCUAUGUGAAUGUUUGGGGUGUUGACAUUGUUCUCCCGAGAAAACAUGGUGUAGUCAAGGUAAAUGGUAUUUGGAAGAACAUUCCUCUUCAACUCCAUGAAAGCGCUGUAUCAGUUUUUGCAAGAGGACAAGACACGAUCAUAAAGACCGACUAUGGCUUGCAUGUCGCUUAUGGUGGAACUAAAGUUUCCGUCACUGUACCCUUUCACUACAGUGGAAAAACGUGUGGCCUGUGUGGAAACUUCAAUGGAAAUCCAGCGGAUGACUUUCAGACUCCAUCAGGACUCAGUGUCACAUCCGAAUCGGAUUUUGGGACAUCUUGGAAGGUACCAGGCAACAGCAGCUGUAGUGAUGGCUGUGGCUCAUCUUGCCCACAGUGUCCUGAUGAUCGUGCUGCUCGAGCUCAGUGUGACAUCAUCCGUGCAUCUCAGGGUCCUUUCAGCUUAUGCCAUUCACUUAUAGAUCCAACUGCCUUUUUCAGUGACUGUGUGUUUGAUGUGUGCAUUGGAGGUGCAGAGCUGCUUUGCUCCUCCAUUCAGGUUUAUGUCAGUUCAUGCCAGUCUGCUAAUUUGCCCAUUUAUCCUUGGAGAAACAGCACCUCUUGCCAUAUGGUAUGCCCAGCCCAUAGUCACUAUGAGCUUUGCGGCACUGACUGUGGUCGCACUUGUGCCAGCAGCAUUAAUGUGACAUGUGACCGUGUUUGUUCGGAGGGUUGUUUCUGUGACACCGGCUUUGUCAGAAGUGGGACCGAGUGUGUCCCAGAAGAAAAUUGCGGAUGCCAACAUAAUGGUUUCUACUAUUAUGCUGGUGAAUCCUUCUGGACAGAGGGCUGCACUCAGCACUGCAAAUGCAUGGCUAACAAUAACUUAAGCUGCGUAGCCACAAGUUGUUCGCCCCAAGAUUGCAGCCUCAGAGAUGGACACCUGGGCUGUCACAGAGUGUUACUACCCAACGAAAUCAAAGAUAUUAACCAAAAGACACCGGAUGCUUGCAGGGAGUUGCAAUGUACCGAUAAUGAAUGGUGUGGUGAAAAGGAAGGUAUUUAUGGAUGUUUCUGUAAUGAGAGUGCCCUCCACGACAGUGAAAAUUUUGAUGCAUCCAUCACUUGUGUCAGUAGUUCGGGCACUGUCUCCCUCUCCCGCUGCCUGCUCACUGAGGCCGGGUUUCAUCCCAGUGCCCUCCAUCUCAGAGACCACUCCUGCAGAGGUUCUCUUCAAAGUGGGCGCCUGGUCUUCCACUUUAAUAAUGAUGACCAGUUGUGCGGCACCAUUCUGAAGAGCAAUGGAACACAUUUUAUCUAUGAGAAUGCCAUUGUUGAGGACGACAGCUUAAACAUCCAAUUGUUUUUCUCCUGCAUUUUUCCUCUGGCUUCUGCUCUGUCAACGGAUGUAGCUAUCAAUCCAAUAGAAAGUGCCAUAAAGAAAUUCCUCCCCUCAGGCCAGGGCCACUAUCGGAUGAGGAUAACUCCGUAUCAGGAUGCAGAGUUUCAGAAUCCACUGAGUGGCAACUCAACCUUAGAAAUGCAUCAGGACGAGCAAUUAUUCAUUGAAGUGCAAACAGAAGGUAUUGAUGAGCGCCAAAUAUCAACUGUUAUGGACAAUUGUUGGGUCACACCAGUCAAUGAAGCACAUUACCCACUGCGCCAGGAUCUAAUUUUGCAAGGGUGUCCUGCAAACAGCUUAGUUAAAAUUAUUCAAAAUGGAAACUCCACAGUGGCACGAUUCGUCUUUGAGAUUUUUUCCUUCAACAACUUUACUUCCAUAUACCUGCACUGUCAAAUCCACCUGUGUCUUUUGGACGUCAACGACUGUGUUGUACACUGCCAUACUAAUAGCAGAGGCAGGAGAGAUGUAUCUUACCAUGACAGUGUAACUCUGUCACUUGGACCUCUAGUCUACAAAGGGCAGAGGCAUGUCACCAACACCCGGACCCUUGCCACCAAGGAGCUUGGCAACAACCUCUGUGACUUAUCCAAGGUGAUGGCUGAGUCCACUUUCGAGUUCUCAAUCUCUGCUGGGAAGACGUGA